AUGUUUGCAAGUCCUAAUAGGGACAAGACUCUGAUGUUGCCUUACCACCGAUACGAGUCUGACCAAUGUAGCGUGCAAAGAAAGAGGACAGAAAGGAAGUUAGAUAAGCAGAGAUGUUCAUUGAGACUCAACAAAGUCGAAAAGGAAAAUAAGUGGAUGAGGAAACACAAACUGCAAUUGAAAGUUUUCUGUUUUGUCUACUCUUUGGGAAGUUCCAAUAGUACUACUGUUGCUCCUGCUACUCCACAUUCGUCUGCAUCAACUCAUAUUUCUUAUUGUGAAGAGAAUGGAGACAAAGAAGCUUGUCAUCAAGAUAUGGAAGUAGAACAAGAAGGAGGAGAUGAUCAAGAAGAAGAAUAUUAUGAUGCAUGA